UGGCACCUCAAAGAGCCACAACAUUCAGGAGCUCAUAAAAGAAGGCAGACGGGGUGAAUGAAACGCUCUUCAGUCACAUAUCACAGAGUGGGUCUGGUCACGCCCGUGCACCGCAGCAGCAGCAACAUCCGUCCGCCGAGCGCAUCUGUCCGAGCAGGAGCAGACACACAGACCUGGCGAUGAUGGCGGACUGUGUUGGCUUUCAAGCGCAAAUCGCCUCGAUUAUAGAGAUACUGGCCAAUUCGGCAGUGGCGGAGAUCUGCAAAUUGGUGGACGAUGGCUACGCGGCGCUGCGCUCUCAGAUGGACCAGGAGCGGGAGAAGAGCGAGAAGGAGAACGAUGCCCUGCGGCAGAAACUGCGAGAAAUCGACGUGAAGCUGCGGAGCUACGAGAGGAAGAUGAGGAGACGGAGUCAGCGGGAGGAAAUGCACGCCGUUCAUUUUAGGCCACCCGAAGGAGCUGAAGAACAUCAGCCUGUGGUGCCACCUCUUCCUGUCGCCGCUGAAGACAAACCCUUCCAUCACAUUUCAAAGCAGGAGGAGGCCAACAUGUUGCCUCUGGUGAAGCAGGAGAAAAUUGAGAGAGAUGACUGCAACCCGGACCUCAAGGUGGAGGUCACCAUCAGGGCAGAGUGUGGCCUGUCUACUGCCAUGGAGCCCAGUGAGGAACCCCCUCCCAGCGAUAUUGUUCUUGACACCAGUGUCACCAACAUCACCUCCUCCACCACUCAGACCUCCUCGUCCCCCACUGAUGCCACAAUGGACCUGACCUGCAGGCCUCGAGCGAAACGUAAAGCUACAAUGCCUCUUGGCAACAGUUUGACAGUCAGCAGUGGGGUGGUCACCACCCCUGAGGCUGCUCGCAGGGACCUUGGAGGGAGCCUAACGGAUGGUGCUCUGAAACCAGAGAUACAGACAGACAAUACUACAGAAGAUGAACUUCAUCCCUCUCAGCUGUCAGCCCCAGUAGCCUCAGAUGAGCCCAGUCCUGAACGUCUCAACAGUCUGGGCCUGGACUUGGCCUGGAUGCAGGAGAGAGUCAGCCAUCUUGGUGCAGCGUAUGCAGUAGCACAGCUGGGUUUAGGGAACACAGAAACUGGCCACCCCUCUGCCUCCUUCCCCACGCAGGGAGGAGGAGACAGUCUAGAUGGCCCUCCGACCAUGCUCUUCACAGGUGGUGCUCAUGAAAUGGCUGCUUUCGCUGCCUCCUUCGACAUGGCUGCCGCCGCAGCGGCUGCUGCUGCGGUCGUGGCUGCACCACCUCCACCACCUCCUCCACCCCCUCCCCCUACAGCACCUUCUGCCACCACGACCAGCCAGAGGCGGCCUUACAGGAGCAGCUCUGCUGCUGCUAAAGAGCCCAUGGUGUGCGCUGUGUGCGGGCGUGUCUUCCCCAGUGCAGCCGCCCUGGAGCUGCACCAACGGGUGCACACAGGGGAGAGGCCCUACACCUGCCCCCACUGUGGAAAGGGCUUUGCCCAGCCCAAUAACCUGCGGGUCCACCUCCUCAUCCACACUGGGGAGAGGCGCUAUCGAUGUACACUGUGUGGAAAGAGUUUCAUCUCAUCCAGCCACCUGAAGAGGCAUCGCACAGUCCACACGCAGGAGAAGCCUUACAGCUGCUCACGAUGUGGACAGUCCUUCAGUCAAAUGUGUAGCGUUCGCAGACACCGGCAGCAGUCCCAGUGUGGCCUGUAGACUGACUGCUGGAGGAGGUGGAUGACAUCUGGAAGUGAUCCUUGUACAGUCUGGGCUCUGAAGGAUGAAUAAUUGAAAUCCUUUACAUCCUUUACAUAUGAAUUCUAGCAUCUUAUGUGAGCACGAGAAAAAAAGCAAGGCUGUAUCCUGUGAUAUCAUGGCACGUACAGUUGAUAUUUGUCCUAGAUCAUAGCAGUGAUAUGUGAAUUCUGUUUUUGAGGCGGAAUUCCCCUAAGGCCCUUUCAUCCUUUUCCCACUCGUUUUAAUCUGAGAGAGGAUCUCAGAGUGGACUGUCAAAGAGUGCCUGAGACAGUGUUGAUAACACCCAAUCCAUAAAUUGUCAAUUAAAUGGUCUUGUUUGUGUUUACAUAGCUAAUACACAUGGGCUGAUACCAGAGGAGAGGGUCCUGGAUUAUCCUGUAUCAUGACUGAUGGUGAUGGUACAGAGUGUACCUGCACUGUCCACUGACCUCCAAGUGAAACAGGAUGAACAGACCCAUAUUUUGAGCACCUGACAGCUCUACAGUAUUUAUGUAAUGAGGUGACUUAUAAAAUUGACCUAAAAUACAUUUAAAAUUCAUUAGGCGUUUAGCACGUUAUUGACAAAUAACUAUUCUUGCCUUAUCCUUCUGCGAGUUCAAAAGCCAGACUCACAUUUUCAGACACUUCCAACUUUUGUUGUUUUUGCAGAACUGAUGGCACAACUAGAUUCAGUUUCUCACACUGCAUAGUGUUGAUAUUAAAGGAUGCUGAGAUGUCCUCAGUAGGUUUUUUGACUGGAGGCAGAUUGACUGAGGCAGAACCAACUCCAAAGCCGUCUUAGUGGCAUGUUGUAUUUUAUGUAGUCAGCUAUGAAAUAAUGAACAGUAGAGAAUAUGAAAACAACAACAACACACUGUGUCAGCUGUCCCUGCAUCCUUGGUCAAGGUACAUAAUUCAAACAAGCUAUUAUAAGCUGUUAUAGGGUAUAUGGUUGCCAUUCUACAUGUACGGUUACAAGUAAGCGAAUGCAGGCGAGUGUCCAUCACCUGCUGAGGCUAUAUUCAUGCUGAAUGUGGGCGGUCCUGGUUGUGACGUGCAUGGAAAGCUAGCUUGCUAUCAAUGUCUUCUCCACACAUACUUAUGUGCUAUUGUUUGAGGCUGUGACUUCGCAGGUCAAAAUUGAACUCAUGAACACGUGAAGAAGCUUUUUCAGUUCAGCUUCUUGGAUGAGAGGUGAAACGUCCUCAAGAAAUGCAAGCAAGUCCAGUUGCCUACGAUAUAGCACUUAUGAUUACCAUUAAGGCCCAUUUAUGCUCCCUUUAUGUACGAAAAUGUAUACAUCUGUUUCAAACGAUGUUACAGUCCGUACCGUACCGUUACCGUACCAAAAGUUUAUGACAACAACAAACUCAGAAACAAACAUGGCGACUGUGGAGGAGAUAUUGAUAAUGU